GUACACGCCCUUGGGCGUGGGGCUCUCGGUCUGGUGAAGCGUGUGCGGAUAUGUAUGUGACUGCUGUGUGGCGGCGGGUGCUGCACUGGAGUACGCGGGCGCGCCUGCCGUCGCCCCUGCCGGGGCCGGCGUCGCCUCAAGAGGCGGCCGACCGGUUUGCGGCGGCGGUGGCCCUUCUCCCCGCUGGCUGGGCUGCCGCCGCGCAUGCCGCCCAGCUGGCUCGGGGGCUUGCCGCCGCGCUGCCGCUCCCAGCGGCCAACAUUGUGAGUGCUACGGCGGAGUCGGUGCAACAGGUGGUGCGAGGGCUUGGCUGGUUGCAGUGCGGGGGGCCGCCCAUCCUGCUCACUGCCUACACGGUGAAGGCGGGGACCGUGCUACAAAUGGCUCCACAGUUAGCCGCCCUGUAGGCUAAGCAUUUGCAAUAUGUGUGACGGGGGUGGAGGCUGCCCUGGCGGCGGGGGCCUUCGUGUGCACCUUGGCCCGCUUGUGGUCGCUGAAAUGGGAGAAUCAUCAUAAGGAAGCACUGUGGCGUGUGGCCGCCAACGCUUGCUGGGCGUUUCCACGGCAUGCUAUUGACGAGUGUUGCGGAACUAAUGCGUACGUAGACCAGAGCGGAUGCUAGCGAGCGGGCGCGAGGCGUUGCUGUUGACCCGUGUUGGGCGUGUGGGGUUGACAUGCAGGAUGGGGAACGGCGUCAGUGCUUUUGGGACUGCACUGUUGCGCUGUCCCUGCGGGAAACUAUGGGGAUGGCUAUGGGUUUCAUGCCAGAGGAUGCUCUUAAGUGCCUUCUCUCGUGAGAAGUUGUGGUUAGUGCGCCCGCCUGCGGGGCUUGCGCCACCUGUGUGGGACGUGGUGUGUCUCGCUGCUAUGUCUGCCCUGGACUUUGGUCGGCAGCGUAUGGUUAUGGCCGGGCUGGCGGCGCGAGCGAAGCUGCCGUCGGCCCGGGUGCUGAGCAUUGGACUUGCCAUCGUAGCUGACUUCUGGGGUCGUCUCCAGACGUUUGUGACUUUGGGUAUCAGGCCAAAGGGUUGGGACACAGUGCCGUCUGCGCAUCCUUUCAUCUCUCAGGCUGUUGGUGAAGGCAUGGUAUUGCGCUUGCCGUAUGACGCUGAUUCCCCGCCUCCCUCGCCGUGAGAGGUUGUGGGUGGUUAGGGGCUUGGUGUGUGGGCAGGACGCACGUGUGGGCGACCGUUCUAGUGCCUGGACGCUUGCGCCCUGGUUUGUGCGUGCGCUGUGCGUGUGUGCUGCGGCCUGGACGAUUCCCGGCACUCCGGUGCCUAGGUUUGUGGCGUUGAGGCACAGCGGUGGGGCUCUGGCGGAUUGAGGCUUGGCUCGGACUCACUGUGCGCGGAGUCACACGGACUUUGACCGCGGGAGGGUUUGCAGCAAAGUCGGGGUUGGUGGAGUCAAGUUGGGCCCUUAUAGCAUGUGAUGGCUCGGCGUCUUUGGGUGCUGGGACUGUGCCCUCUGUAACAUCGCAUUCUU